AUGGACAACAGUUUCUUGUUGGCCAAUGCAAGAAUCGUGGACUACCCCAUCGUUUACAUGAACGAUGGCUUCUGCAAGCUGGCAGGCUACAACAGAGCGGAAGUGAUGCAGAAGUCAAGCACGUGCAGCUUCAUGUACGGGGAGCUGACCGACAAGGACACGGUCAAGCGCGUGGAGAGCUGCUUCGAGAAAAUGUUGCAGGAGCAGGUGGAGAUACUGCUGUACAAGAAGAACCGCACCCCGCUGUGGCUCCUACUGCACGUGGCGCCCAUCAAGAACGAGAAGGACCAGGUCGUGCUCUUCAUGUGCACCUUCAAGGACAUCACCGCCCUCAAACAGCCCAUCGACGACGAGGCAGGAAAAGGCCUCAGCAAGUUUGCCCGAUUAGCCCGCUCUGUAACCAGGAACAGGUCCACCCUCCUACAGUUCUCCUCACACCAGCCCAGCACCAAGUUCGACAGCUCCAGGCCCUCACACCUCGCUAAUAUGAUGAACCUCAGCACCGACGUCCUCCCCCAGUACCGACUGGAGGCGCCUAAGACCCCUCCCCACAUCAUCCUCCACUACUGCUUGUUUAAGACCAUCUGGGACUGGGUCAUCCUGGUGCUCACGUUCUACACCGCCAUCAUGGUGCCGUACAACGCUGCUUUUAAGGUAAAGACGAUGGAUCAGCUCCCCUUACUGGUCAUCGACAGCAUGGUUGAUGUCGUGUUCUUCGUGGACAUUGUCCUCAACUUCCACACCACCUUCGUCGGCCCCAGCGGCGAGGUCAUCUCCGACCCCCGGGUGAUACGCAUGAACUACCUCAAGAGCUGGUUCGUCAUUGACCUACUGUCCUGUCUACCUUACGACGUCUUCAAUGCAUUCCAAUACGUGGAUAAUGGCAUCAGCACGUUAUUCAGCGCCCUCAAGGUGGUGCGGCUCCUACGCCUGGGCCGGGUGGUCAGAAAACUGGACCACUACCUGGAGUACGGCGCCGCCAUGUUGGUCCUUCUCAUCCUGGUCUUCAUCCUCUUCGCCCAUUGGUUCGCCUGUAUCUGGUACAACAUUGGUUGGGCCGACCUUGUCAGUGAUGUAGGGUACGGCUGGCUGCCCGACUUGGCCAAAGUCACCAAGGAGGCCUUCCGUCCCGCCAACAGCACCAACAACGACGACAUCCUGGGCGGGCCCAGCAAGGAGAUGAGGUACCUGACUGCCCUGUACUUCACGCUGUCCUGUAUGACGGGGGUCGGGUUCGGGAACGUGGCGGCCAAUACACAGGCGGAGAAGUUGUUUUGUGUCUUCAUGAUGAUCACAGGAGCUCUGUUGUACGCCACCAUCUUCAGCAACGUGACCACCAUCUUCCAGCAGUUCUACGCCAGCUUUGCCAGGUACCACGAUAUGCUGAACAGUGUCCGUGAGUUCAUGAAGCUGCACGACGUCCCCAAGUCGCUGAGUGAGAGGGUCAUGGACUACAUCGUCUCUACUUGGGCUAUCACUAAAGGCAUUGAUGCCGCCAAGGUGCUAAACUACUGCCCAAAAGACAUGAAAGCUGACCUCUGUGUACACCUGAACAGGAAAGUGUUUCUAGAACACCCCGCCUUCCGUCUGGCCAGUGACGGCUGCCUGAGGGCCCUAGCCAUGCACUUCAACAUGACCCACAGCGCCCCUGGGGAUUUGAUAUUCCACCAGGGGGAGAGUCUUGACGCCCUCUGCUUCGUCGUGUCCGGGUCACUGGAGGUCAUUCAAGACGAGGAGGUCGUGGCUAUUUUGAGCAAGGGCGAUGUUUUCGGUGAUAAUUUUUGGAAAGAGCCGGCUAUUGGUCAAUCUACGGCCAAUGUCCGAGCGCUGACCUACUGUGAUCUCCACGCCAUCAAGAGGGAUCGUCUGCUGGAAGUCUUAGAUUUUUACCACGCCUUCGCCAACUCGUUUGCCAGGAAUUUGACGCUCACCUACAACCUGAGGCACAGGUUGAUAUUCCGCAAAGUCGCAGACGUGAAGAAAGAGAGAGAACUCGCCGAGAAGCGCAAGAACGACCCGCCCCUGGAUCUCGCCAACGACCACCCCGUGCGGAAACUCAUCUCACGCUUCCGGAAGAUCAGUGACUCCAAACACGACGUUAAACAAAACUCGCACGACGUUGAGCGAGGCGGCGGGAGCGCGGGGUCCACGGCCCCCGAAGAGGAGACCCCACAGCAGGACCGGCCACACAGCGGGACCCGCAUCAUUACGGUGUCCGAAAACCCGGAUCAGUCUGCGAAUAAACCCGCGCCCCGGCUAGGCGGCGGGACGUCCCGGUGGGGUAAAUUUUUAUCCGGAGCGACAAGCGGAAGUAGUUCGUCGGACUCCGAGUCGAAAGGAAUUGUGGGUGAAAAGGCGAUUCCUUUGAACGAUUUGUCGCCUAAGGUAGAAGCUAAACCUGUUGAGGCUACGAAAGCGCAAACUAAACCUGUGGGGAAAUGGGGUCGUUUUUUAAGCAAACAGCAAGAACCUAUAGAGGAGUCGCCUGAAGAUGAGCUAAGGACAAACAUGAAGAAAACUGACUCCGCUGAUAGCGGGAUUCUUCGCAGUAGCAAUAAACUAGACCAAAUCGUCGAGGACCCGGCGAGAGCGGAAGUUGCGCACCAAACGCUGCACACCACCCUCAACAUCAACACCGUCAAUAACCUCACGCGGGAAACCUCCAGCAUCAGACUGACUGCUGCGGAGCAGCACAUGCUGACGUCACUAUACGACAUCCGUUUAGAAAUCAAAGAAGAAAUCGAAGGUCUCCGGCAGAAAUUGAACCGCAUUGAUGAACACAUCUCGGAGGUGUUGAGGUUCUUCUCCCCCGCCACCACCCCGUCGUCGUCAGUAUCUACCUACGCCAGUUCAAAGUUCAACUCCCCAACCAACGUCACCAGUUCCAACAGCGGGGAUCAGUCCCCGAAGAACUCGGUCUCCUCCUUCCCCCGCAACGAGGAUCCCGAAGAUCCCAUCGUCACUGCUAGAGACAUCACCCCCAUGAACAUCAGCACCGAAGCCGCCCCUGACGAGCCUCAGCCGGCUCGCCAGUCUAGACCUUCCCCGCCCAAAGGCCUCGGGGUUUCCCAAAAAGACACCAAACGAAAAGGCACCGGAAAGAAAUCUUCGAGAAGAUCCUCUAAAUCCUCGAACAGCAGCAACGAAAGCCGGAAACAGUCGACCGGAACGCCGGAACCGGUGCCAGGAAGGGUCCACGGGUCAGUGCAGGUCGACGUUCCAGAGGACGGGGAGGAGGUCACCUCUCUAGAAGACGGUGACCUUGACAUUUUAUGA